GUUACACACUUUAGCCAAUCCCACCCUCAUUAGAUACUCUCCAUGGGGGAAAGCCCUAUUCCAAAUAUUCAAUACAUCCAAUACCCUCCCGGAAUCAGAUUCCACCCAUCUGAUGAGGAAUUAAUCACUUAUUACCUGCAAAGGAAAGUGAAGUCUCUUCCUUUACCAGCAGAUAUGAUUACUGAUAUAGAGCUAUAUAGUUACAACCCUUGGGAUCUACCUAGGAACUCUUUGUCUGGAGGAAAGGAGUGGUACUUCUUUACCCCGAGGGAUAGGAAGUACCCAAAUGGAGGGAGGCCUAAUCGGACAGCUGCAUCAGGUUACUGGAAAGCUACUGGAAUCGAUAAGCCAAUUCUCAGCUCGACUGGAUCAAGAAGAAUCGGGGUCAAGAGAGAUCUUGUUUUCUACAAAGGUAAGCCACCGAAGGGUCUCAAGAUGGAUUGGGCCAUGACCGAGUACAGACUUCCUGAUGCUACUCGUACUUUAAGUUCCAAAGGGUCCAUGAGAGCAGCUCAAGGCAUACAUGAAAUUGUAGAGUCAUACUCUUUUCAGAAGAAAGGAAGGUCAGAAAUUCUUCACAAGUUGGAUGACUGGGUACUAUGUCGGCUUAAGCAAAAAGGCAACACGUCAAAGAAUGCACACGAGGAUGACCAGAAUUCUGAUGAAUUUCUUGAGUAUCUACCCAAGAUUGAGGAGCUCCCUUCAGUAUACACAGAAAACAGCGCAGAUAUGCUCGAAAAUAAUAUGAUAUCAAGUGAAUAUCACCUAAUAGAUUCAUCCCUUGUUGGACAUGAUCCUGGGGUUGCAACUAUCCCCAGAACAACCUUUCAAAGCCAUGGAAGCGGAAACAGCAGCACGACAAUAUGUGAGCCCAUAUCUGGAAAAUGGAAUACUCAGACAACAUUUUCUCUGUUCCAGAGUUUCUCUGGUUCAGUACCAGGUAAACUUAUGGAGGAGAAUAGAUGCACAAAUAUCCAGCAGCCUACAAACAUGAUAAUCAAUGAGCAAACACCCGUGGCCUCUCGAUCAGGGCAAGUGGUAGCUACAACGGGUACAAACUCGUAUCAUCAACAUGUGUCUGAAGGUAACAGGUUCGGGCCUAAUUAUUCACCGCACGCCUAUAUCAACUUACAAGAACUUGAUAUGCCAGCUCUAUCAGAAAACUUUCUACAACAACCAACUUUCCCAAGGAGCAAUCCAUUUUAAUUAGCUUGAACAGUACGAUGAUACCUCUGCCACAUUCGAGAUUCAAUAAGACCCUGCAGCAUACUAUAGGGUGCCUCAAAUGCAAAAUUGAUUACGUAAUCAUGUGUAUAUGUGCUCUAAGGUCUAAACUUGUAUGUAACAAUUCGUAUGCUUAUGUGUGUAAUAUGUUAAUAACAUGAAAUCUUAUGGAUCUUGCUGACAUCAAACUGAAGGUCCAGCGUUCAAGAUUUUGUUGUUUAUCUUCUUUUG